AAUGGAGCCUCCCUGAAAACUACACUUCCCGGAAGCGUCUGCGUUCUGCGCAUGCGCAGUCUCGCCAUAGCGACGCGCCGACGGAGAUGUUUCGUGUAGCAACCGACACUUUUAACGCUCCAAAGUCUUUUUGAGGAGGGUGAGACAUGUCCUCCGUGCUGGAUGAGACGGCAGCAGACCAGCCGGUCAGAGACUUCAUGGUGAACCUGAGCAGACUCACAGACCCCCCCGCUGCGCCCCCGGCUGGCCGGGGGAGGCAGGACGUGUCCCAGCUGAGCCGGGUGGAGCUGGAAGACCGAUUCCUCCGUCAGCAGGACGAGACGCUGCUGCUGAGACAGCAGCUCAACGACCGGGAGGACAAGAUCAGGAAGCUGGCCACCAAGCUGAUGCGGCUGGUGAAGGACCGGCGGCGGCUGGAGCGGCUGGCGGCCGGCGGAGCCCCGCCCCCUCCGGGGACGCGGGACGUGGAGGUGGAGGAGGUGGUGGAGGAGCUGCAGGAGCAGGUGAGGGGCCUGCAGGCGGAGAAGGAGGGGCUGAGACGGCGCCUCCUGCUGGCCAAACAGCGGCCCCCAGCCCCCCAGAGGCCCGCGCCGUACCGACACGUCCCCCCGCGGGUCGACUCCGGGAGGAGGCGGGGCCAGAACGACGAGGAGGAGCCUGCAGACCGCCGCAGGAGCUCCCGGUCCCCGGAGGGCUCCAGGCCUGCUGCUGCUCCUCUUCCUCGGUUCGGACACAGUCUACUGGAGGAGGCCCGGGACCAGAUCCGCUCCCUGGAGGGGGUGACGGAGUCCCAGCGGCGCCGCCUGCAGGAGGUGGAGGGAGAGUGUGAGCUGCUGAGGGAGGAGCUGAAGAAGAAGGAGGCGGAGCUCCAGGAGGAGGUCCUGCAGGUCCAGCAGCAGACCGCCUGCAGGCUGAGGUCUCAGAUUAGUGAUAAUGUGAAUCUAAUCAAACUCCAGAAGCAGCUGACUGAAAGAUCUCACACCGUGUCCGAGUUGGAGAGUCGAUUCCUCCACCUGCAGCAGAGUCAGCAGACGCUGAAGGACAGCCAUAAGGCGGCCAUGCUGCGGGUGGACGAGCUGUCGGCUGAGCUGAGGGAGGAGAGGAGGAAGAACAUGGAGCUGGAGAAGCAUCUGCAGACCUCCACCAUCACCAGGAUCCGGAUGGAGCAGUUUCAACAGCAAAUCAGUGAACUGGAACAGGAGAGAGACCUCCUGAAGGACAACAAUCAGAAACUGGUCAACAGGGCUCUGGACUCCUCCCUCCACCAGGGGCAGCAGCUCCAGCAGCAGUUGAGGCUUCAGAUCUCGGAGCUGGAGUCUGACCUGCAGAAGAAGAACCAGAUGGUGGAGCAGAUGGAAGCCGAGCGAGACACCAGGCUGCAGCUGGAGGAGGAGAAGCUGCAGCUGCAGCUGCAGCUGGAGGAGCAGAGCCAGCAGCUGGAGGAGCUGAGAGCCAGACUCAAAGGUUCCGUGCGCGACGUGGAGGAACAGUCUGAGGCUCUGCUGCUCAUCAAGAGCCGGGCGUCCCGGAGCAGCUCCGCCCUGAGCUUCCUGCUCCGGGAGGAGCAGGAGGAGCAGGAGCAGCAGGAGGUCAGGAGGCUGAGAGCCGCUCACACUGAAAGCAUCCAGGAGCUGGAGAAGACCAGGAAGCUGCUGACGGUGGAGAGGCGCAUCAGCGAGGGAUACCAGGCGGAGCUUAAAGCCACCUCAGAGAAGAUGGAGGCUGUUAAAGCAGAGCUGGAGGAGAAGCUGGAGCGUCAGGCGAAGCUGCUGGACAGCAGGGCCGCUCGGAUCAGGAAGCUCGAAGCUCAGCUCAGAAACGUCUCAUACGGCGGAACGACGUCCACCUCCAGAGCGGCCGUCCCGGGCGGAGGACAGGCGGAGGACGUGGACGAGUCUUCAGUCUUAGACGGUGACGAGCGCCUGUUGGAGCUGCAGGUGGUCGGCGCCACGCUGUCUCCGGCCGCCCGCCGGGCGCUGGGCGACCCCGACGCCUCCACCUUCUGCACCUACGCCUUCUACCGCUUCCAGCUGCACGCCACGCCGGUGGCCCGGGGCCCGGAGCCGCGGUACGGGGCCACGUCCCGGUACGCCGUCCGGCCCGACCGCCGCUUCCUGGACUACCUGCGGCGGAGCCGCCUGACGGUGGCGCUGCACCGGGCGGACGGCCCGGACUGGAGGACGGUGGCCGGCGGGCGCCUCGCCCUGCGGCAGCUGCUGGAGCCGGACGGCGAGCUGCGGGACAGCGUGGAGCUGCAGGGGUCCUCCGGGGAUUCUCCGUACUGGGGCUCGCUGGAGGUCUGGAUCAGGAUCAGUCCCCCCAUGACGGAGACUGGCUCCGCCCACUCCGUCAGCCCCGCCCUCGCAGAGCCGGCACAGUCCAGCCCGAGCGCCGGGCUGAACCAGCUCCUGGUCUCGGUGCUCGGCUGCUCUGGCCUUGGUUCCGGCGGCUCCAGGCAGCCCAGUGCGUUCGUGGUGUACCGGUUCUGGACCUUUGAGGCCCGGCCGACCCAGACCGUCCCGGACUGCGGCGCGCCGCGGUUCGACGACCGCCGCUGCUUCCCGGUGUGCGUGGACGGCGAGCUGCGGGCGUACCUGCGGUCCGAGCGCCUGCUCUUCUUCGUGUUCGACGACCGAGACGAGCGCCCGGACCGCUACCUGGGGAGGGCCGGCGUGCCGCUGCGGCCCCUGCUGCGGGGUCAGACCCUGACAGGCGAGUUCCCGCUGACCGACGCCUCCGGGCGCCACGCCGGACUCAUCCAGGUCAGCCUGCAGUGGACGCUGCCCUACGCCCCCCCGCCACACUGCCGCCAGGGGGGGGAGGGGGAGGAGGAAGAGGAGGGGGAGGAGGAACAGCAGGAGGAGCAGCAGCAGGAGGAGGAGCCCGAGGUCCAGGAGGAGCAGGAGGACCUGGACACACUGCUGAGGGCGGAGCAGCUCCUCCCCGCCUCCAUCGCCUCCCAGCCUGACGCUGCUGAACAGGUCAACGAGCAGCUGACCUCUGACCCCCCGAAGGAGGCAGCGGCCAGCAAGAAGGUCACCUUCAUGGAACCUCAGCUGGACUCAGGAAGUCGCCGCGGCGCCGCCGAUGAAGACGAGUCUCAGGUGUCUGAAGGUCAGCUGGUGGCAGCGAGCGACGAGUCGGAGGUCUCUGAGGACCUGCCUGAAGACGCCAACGAGACGGACAGCGACGACUGCAUCGUCCUCAAACACGCCACGGGCCGGAAGCGCUCCGAUCGGCUGCGGGUGGAGAUCGUGUCUCUGACUCUGAGGGCGGAGUCUCGGGUGUCCCGGGACGACAGCGUGGUGCGUCUGUUCGUGGAGUUCUCCCUGCUGGACCUGCCGACGGAGGAGACGCCGCUGUCCCUGCCCAAACCUCCACCGGGACGCAGCGCCAACUACAACUACAGCAAAGUUGUUCCUGUUGACGCUCAGACCAACAUGGCGAGGAGGCGUCUGCUAAGAGGAGUCCUGCAGGGGAGGAAUCCUUCGAUGGAGCGGAUCCGCUUCACGGUGGUCAGCGAGCCUCCGGAGGAGGAGGAGCAGGAGAGGGAGUGUGAGGAUGUGGGCGUGGCCUCGCUGAGGCUGUCGGAGCUGCUGGAGAGGCGGAGCGACGUGACGGAGGAGAGCCUAGACGUGGUGUCGGUGGCGCCCGGCGGCGAGCUGCUCGGCUCGCUGACCGUCUCCCUGGAGGCUCUGGAGGCGCUGCAGUCCAUCAUGGAGGACCAGCAGGACCAGCAGGACCAGCAGGACGGAGUCACGGUCUGAUUCCCGCUGAGGAGGACAGCGUCCGGACGCCAUUCACUUCCUGUUUGUUCAGCCAUCAUCACCUGUGACCUGUGACCUUUGACCUGAAUCCAGAGGUCACGUGACUGUUGAGAUGACUGCAGCUGUGUGUGUGUGUGUGUGUGUGUGUGUGUGUGUGUGUGUGUGUGUGUGUGUGUGUGUGUGUGUGUGUCUGUGUGUGUGUGUGUGUCAGUCAGAGAUCU